GCGCAGAGUGGCUGUAGGCGUGGUACAGCCCGGACUUCGAGUGCUCGGCUGCAGUUGGCGAGUAGCGACGGCAGGGAGCUCGCGGCUGUAGCGGUUCCUCCGGGAGCCGGGGGGGCGGCGCAGGCCGAAGUGCCGCGGGGCUGCGCUGGGAAGUUUGGUGCGCGCCCUUCCCGGCGGUCGGCGGCGUCCCGAUGCGGGCGCCUUGCGGGCAGCCCACCCUGGAGGAGUCCCUGCAGCAGUACCAGAGGCGGCUCCGAGAACGUGCUAAUGAAAGUAUCCAUCAGCUGAGAGAUGCCUUGGAGGAAAGACAUUUUGCAGAGAGCAGGGAUGAAGUUGGAUUUGACCAGUCCUCUGUGGACAAGGGUAGUGAUGAUGUGGACAGGAGCAAUGACAACAGUGGGAAUCCACCCUGGCAGGAACUACAGCACAGUCAUGCAGUUAAUCAACUUAAAAUUUUGUUGCAACAUCAGGAAAAGAUGGAAAGUGAAGCCUCUCCAUCAAGGAGGAAGAUGCAAUUCCGAAAAACCCCAGAAGCUUCAACAGAAGACUUACCAAACCCUUCUGAUCUUAUUCCUAUAAUUAAUGAUCAGUCUCAGUACAUUAACCAUUUAGAAGCAGAAGUGAAGUUUUGCAAGGAGGAAUUGUCUGAGAUGAAAGAUCAGGUUCGAGUAGUUAUACUUGAAAAUGAGGACCUCCAUCAGAAACUGAAAUUUUUGACUGCAGAAUAUACAUUGGGAGAACAAACUCUGCUAGAUACCUCAGCAAAUAAUCAGAACUCCUGGCGUCUGGGUAGUAAUGACUUGAAACUGCAUCAACCUUUCACUUCAUCAUCAGCACAUAACAGAGAUCCAUCUUUGGUUUCAAAAACUGUUGGAGAAGUAGAAAAAUGGCAUGUAGAGCUGGAGAAACUAAAACUUCUUUAUCAAGACAAAAUCAAUAUCCUUGAUGCCCAAGUACAAUCUCUAAGGAAACACCUUUCAGAAUCUCAGAAGACAUGUGAAGAUUUGGAAGCAAGGCUAAAACACCAGAAAUUGCUUGUUUCAGCUACAAAUUCUAGUCAAGUUGGUGGUCUUUGUCUCAAAUGUGCACAGCAGGAGGCAGUUCUUGCACAGACACAUUCUAAUGUUCAUAUGCAGGUCAUUGAGAGGAUAAAAAAAGAAAGAGAUGAUUUGAUGGAUGCACUUGUUUCAGUGAGACGAAACAUGAAAGAGAUGGAGCAAAGAGAAUCUAAUGCAUAUGAGCAAGUUAAACAAGCUGUGCAAAUGACAGAAGAGGCCAAUUUAGAAAAAACAAAGGCUCUAGUUCAGUGUCAGCAACUGAAAAGUGAGAUGGAACGCCAGAAGAAUCGUCUUGAAAAGGAGUUAGCUGUCCAGCUAAAUAAGAGGACUGAGGAGAAAGAAGCUCUGCGGGAAGAAAUGAAGAAAGAAAGGGAGGACUUGGCAGCAAUGAUAACGGCCAUGUCUGAGAAUGUUGCCAUGUUAGAGGCUCAGAUAGAGAGAACUAUGAGGGAAAAGAAUUCUCUGGUUAACCAGUUAGAAGAAUCACAACAUCAGCUUGCAUCUCAUGAAACGGAGAUGAACAAGGUGUGUGGAGAAAUGCGCUAUCAGUUGAAUCAAACCAAAAUGAAGAAGGAUGAGGCAGAAAAGGAGCUCAGAGAGUACAGAACAAAAACUAUAAGGCAGCUUGAAAUUAAGGACCAGAAAAUAGAAAAACUGGGAUUAGAGCUGAAUGGAAGCAAACAGCAUUUGGAACAAGCCCAGCGGGAUGUGGCAGGAGCCAGAGAGGAGUGCCUAAAACUGACAGAACUGCUGAGUAAAUCUGAGCACCAACUGCACCUCACCAGAUUGGAGAAAGAGAGCAUUCAGCACAGCAUUAGCAAUGAAGCAAAGGCCCGAGCCCUUCAGGCCCAGCAAAGAGAGCAGGAGCUGACACAGAAGAUGCAGCAAAUGGAGGCCCAGCAUGAGAAAACUGUAAAUGAACUGGACUCGUUGCUGACCUCCCAGAAAACAUUCAUAGGAAAAUUAAAGGAAGAAUGUUAUUUGCUGGCAAGCAAGUUGGAACAAAUGUUAGAAAAAUACAGAUCUAAAGUCAACCAGCUUAGUCAGGAAAAAGAGUAUCUUCAUGGCAGAUUGGAGAAGAUGCAGAAACGAAAUGAUGAAUUGGACCAACAGUGUAUCCAGCAUGGGAGAAUGCAUGAGAGGAUGAAGUCAAGGUUGCACCAGCUGGACAAGCACUGCCAGGCCACCGCCCAGCAGCUCGUGGAACUCCUCAACAAGCAGAAUCAGCUCCUCCAAGAGAAGCAGCGGCUGACAGAAGAGGUGCAGGUUCUGCGAACACAGGAAAAGAAAUGGGAUGCAGAUCUCAAACAGGACACAGAUGGAAUCAAGUAAAAACCUGGGCGGAUAAAGAGAAAUGAGCACAAGUAGGUAUUUUUUCUAUACACUAUAUAUAGAGAAAGGGAGAGGAAAGAAGGACUAAAACUAUUUGCAGAUGUGGGCUGAAUCUGGCAAACACUUCAAGACAAAAGGGAGAAGAAAGUGUAUAAAAUGUUUUGGGGCUAGAAAUUGUUGGUGCGUUUUUUGUGGGUUUUUUUUUUUUUCCACACUUAAAAAUUAGGGCAAGUGCUCCAUAACAGAACCAGGUUUACCUGACAGAAUUAACACAAACAAACAAAAACCUUACAGUUUAAAUUAGAGAGAAAGAAGGGCUUACAAGUCCUGGCACUGUGGGAACUUGCAAGAGUAACCGGGGCAAAUGCUGUAGGACUCAGAAAUGUCUUUCUCAUCCUCGGCAACGAAUCACAUCCUUUGAAACCAUCACGUUAAUUUUCGUGUUACUGAAAGAAGCUCAGAUUAGUCACCUGCCUGUAAAUUUUGGGCUUGGUUCAGCAUCUUUACUUGAAAAUGUUUGUCCCACAGAGAAAGGACAGCAGAAGGCUCCAGUUACUCAUACACCUUCCCACUCUAGCACCGAUUUAUUUCACUGUUUUUCCAGUUCAUUUCCUUGUCAAACUUUCCUUAUGUAUCUUCCUUUCUAAAAUGUUGAAGUAUGCUGUAGGCAUAGACCCUGGGAAGCGGAGGGGUAAAAUUCUGUCAUUCCAGCGCAAGGCAGUAAUGGGUACAACAUCAUCAAGAUGCUCAAAUCGUAAUUUUAAUUUUCACAGAGCUAAAAAGGAUUGGUAUGAUAAGUCAGCCUGACCUUACAGCAGGUGCUGCAGACGAAGCCAUUACACUGAUGUUUAAUAGAGGGCAGUAACAGUUAAUAAUGGAAUAUAGUUUAUCAUAGGCAGAUCCACCUGAAGGCAGUCGAAAGUUUGAUUACGGGAUUUAUAGCUCUGAUUUUGAAAGCUUUUGGAAGAUUCAAGUUUUGAGUUUCUGCUUUUGAAAGUCUUAAGUCGUAAGUCACUCUAAUCAGGAGAGCAAGAUAUAUAGAUCCCAUCUCCGUUGCUAAAUACGAAUGUAUGUAAUAUAGCAAACAAAACAAAACAAAAAAACCUGAGAUUUCUAAAAACCUCAGCACCGUCCACCCAGUGUUUCUGAAUGCUGGAAUGCUCUUCACUUGCAGGAUCUGCCCUGGUGUCCAUCAGUUAUACAGAAGGAGGUAUUUGUCCCAGUUUGUAAUCCCCCUGCAGACUGCGGUUGCCUGAGGGGCCGCUGCCAGCUGCGCCCGCCUGCAUGCACAUAGCUGCCAGGGCUGGGACCUUGGGUUAGCACCAGCCAGGUCUGCCAGCUCCCCUGAAUGCCUCCCCCUGCUCUCCAGAUUGUUGUGCCACUGAAACUGCCCCUUCACUCAUCUGAGAUGUCCUGUUUUUCAGUGAGCCUCUCUGUGACUAAACCAGUCUUCCUAAAAGGAACAUGAAGUAUACUCUACCUUGAAUGUAUUUCGACCCCUCACUUAGUACAGGUGCUGUCAGAGUUGCAGCUGUUCCUGAGCUGAGAUGGUCUUUGUCUUCUUAUGUCUGCUGUGGGGCCCCAGCAACAAACACAGAGUUUGAAUGGGCUCCCAAGUGCUCAGUUUGCUUUUUUUCAACUUAAAUGCUGAAGCUGCCUUUUGUAUGGCAAUAAAAUGAGUAGCUCUUCCAUCUCUGAUGUCAGAACUGAUUUAGGCUGAUCCUUACAAGGUCCUCGCCUCUUUCAGGAGACUACUUUGGGGGAGAAGGGCCUUAGUUUUUAGUGUAGCCUUAAUGUAGAAAAAUGUGCUUCUGCCAGGUUUUUGUAAUAGCCAGUGACAUGCCGCAGACAAGGUGAGAUUUUUGGAGCGGGUGAAAGAGAGGUCUUCAGCAGUGCUUAGGUGGACUUUGUUCAGCAGUGAUGUGUUAAACUAUGACAGGGAGGGAGUCAGCCAGCACAAUGUCUGAUGCCCAGCUGCCCUGACAGGAACACUUCCGGUGCUGCAUCAGGUAAGCCUGGCCAGUUUUGUAAGCCUGCAGCUGGAGGCAGGACCUGCUCCCCCUGCAAGCUGCCUGCCCAGGGGCACAGGGGGCAGGGUGGAUGUAGUUUGUCAUCUUUUGUCUGUACUCUGGUGCUGGCUCUACGCAGAGGGUUAAUGCAGCACAGAGCAGGCUUCCUCUGAGCAGCCACUGAUUCUGAAUUUAACCCCUACAUCUUUCCCUGGAUGUAGCUCAUGUUUCAGUGCGCUGGUCACCACUGCAGGUAAUGUGGUACACGUAUUUUUGGAAAAAAAGUACCAUGUUAUUGGUUUUAAUUAAUUCUUUAAUGAACCGCAGCAUUAUAAAUCCUUUCUUAUCUCAGCCUUCAUUACCUUACCAAGUUUUUUUUUUUAAAAAAAAAAAAAAACAAAAAACAAACCCUUAAGUCCUCUAACAUAAAACCAGCUGAAAGUGGAAAGUUUAUUUUUAUUUCUGAGGUCAUUUACAUCUCUUAAAUUCAAAUUUCAGAACUCCAGUCACUUAAUUCUGGGUAGCCACCCCAGCUCCACCAGAGCCGUAUCUCUCGUUCUUAAUGAAGUCCUGAAGUGCUUUGAGGAAGCACAAACAGUAGCUAUGCAAGAGCUCCACAGCUGUGAAUUAGCCUUCCCACCAGAGGUUUCCUAACAGCGCGCAGGCAGCUUCCUGUUUUGAUACAGCUGCCCACCCCAUAUACAGUCUGUACAAUUCACAGUAAACACCCUCUGGCACAACCCUGCCUCCUCCUUCCUGGAAAGGAGAAGGGGCAGGAUCUAAGACGUGCCCCAAAACAACAGCUCAGUUAUUUACUGCUAAACAUGAGAAAUGGCUAAAGCUCAUGGAGAUCUUGUUUUUCAGAAAUCAAACAGCUCCUGUGCUUGUUACCUGGAAGAGUUCUGAUCUUAGAAAGAGGCAGGACAGCAGGCCCACAGGAAGCCAGGCUUUACAACAGUGCUUGUUUACACAGCAGUGCCAUGUUCUUAACCAUUUAUGUAUUUCUCUUCCAAGAGCUCACGCCCAGGCUGAAGCGACACCAAUCAGAAAUGCAAGCAGCUCCAUACACGCUACUUACGCUCUGCUCCCAUCUCUUUCUUCUUUCAGUUCUCCUCUGUACGCACCUGAAACUUGGGCUUCUCUGCAGCUCACACAGAGAACCGUUUACAGAGAAGCAGACACGCUACCUAUUCACUCACACCUGCUUUGUAUUUGGUUUUAACUACAGAGCCAUCCAUAUUUGGAAACGUGACUCACCUACCGAACUUUCUAGGAAGACAUCUCAGGCUUGUCUAAGAUGCUGCAAUCCAGUGUCAACAGCUGUUAUGGAGCGGUGGACUGAAUUAUUUCUACAAUUUUUGUAAAAUGUUUUUAAUCUAUUUUUGUAAUUUAAUACAGAUGUCUUAUUUACAGAUGGCAAUCCCAAUAAACUUCGUUUGAUUCUUUUUC